ACAGGAGAGGUAAAGCUGGAGCUUCGUAAAGUUAGGUAAGGACUGUCAAGAUGGCGCCCAGACCUUCAAAAUAAAAGCGGGGAUGGAAUUGGUUUGAAUUUAAAAAGUCUGUUGCUACAUAUGUUAAUUAUGAAUUUAAUUUAAUGUGUGUGUAACGAAAAUGUACAUGUUAAUUUAGUGUUUAUUUAGUCUCUUUUCAAGAAAUGUCGAACAUAUGUGUUCAGAGGUGUUUUACUUUGAAAUGUAAACCGGAAGUCGCAUUUGUCAGUUAGGCUAGCUUGUCAGUUGCCGAAGUAGUUAGCUAAGGCGGAAGGAGGAGUCCGGGCAGUCUGGAGGGGGACAUCAUGUAGUUAGUUCAGCACAGACUGUGUGAAUUAAAAAUUCAGACCUCAGUGUUCCUUCUCCUCUGUUGUAUUCACCUGGAAACUCAUCUGUGUUUUUAACAUCCACCCGACACCAUGUUCCUCCGCGGAUCUAAAAAGCGACGGUCCAACCGCUCGCAGGAGGAAGAGGACCCAGACAGAGGGCAGCCCUGUAUGCGCUGUGGGGACCAGUGCCCCGGCUUCCGGGUCCAUGGCUGGAGGAAGAUCUGUGUACACUGCAAGUGUGUGCGAGAGGAGCAUGCAGUGCGCUCGGUUCCGGGCCAGCUGGAAAAGAUGAUGACGAAGCUGGUAUCAGACUUCCAGAGACACUCCAUCUCCGACGACGACUCAGGCUGCGCCUCAGAGGAGUACGCAUGGGUCCCACCUGGGCUCAAGCCUGAACAGGUCUACCAGUAUUUUAGCUGCUUGCCAGAGGACAGGGUGCCUUAUGUGAACAGUCCAGGGGAGAGAUACCGAAUCAAACAGCUGCUGCACCAGCUGCCAGCCCACGACAGUGAGACCCAGUACUGUAACUCUCUGGACGAGGAGGAGAAGAAGGAGCUGCGUUUGUUCAGUCAGCAGAGGAAAAGAGAAAACCUGGGCAGAGGCGUCGUCAGACUCUUCCCAGUAACUAUGACGGGAGCCAUCUGCCAACAGUGUGGCAGACAGAUCUGCGGUGGAGACAUAGCGGUGUUUGCCAGUCGGGCAGGACACAGCAGCUGUUGGCACCCUCAGUGUUUCCAGUGUGCCACCUGCAGCGAGCUGCUCGUCGAUCUGAUUUACUUCUUCCAGGACGGACAAAUCUACUGCGGCCGGCACCACGCUGAGAGGCUCAAGCCCCGCUGCCAGGCCUGCGAUGAGAUUAUUCUGGCAGAUGAAUGUACAGAGGCAGAAGGGAGAUACUGGCACAUGAAGCACUUCUGUUGUUUUGAGUGCGAGGCCGCGCUGGGCGGUCAGCGUUACAUCAUGAGAGAGAGUCGACCGUACUGCUGCUCCUGCUACGAGUCCCUGUAUGCAGAGUACUGCGAUACCUGCGGAGAACACAUAGGUAUUGAUCAGGGCCAGAUGACAUAUGAGGGUCAGCACUGGCACGCCGUGGAGUCGUGUUUCUGCUGCGCCCGCUGUCGACUCCCCCUGCUGGGACGUCCCUUCCUCCCUCGAGCGGGGCUCAUCUUCUGCUCCAGGCCCUGCUCGCUGGGUGAGGACCCCAACAACUCCGACUCCUGUGACUCUGCGCUGCAGAGCAAACCGCCUCAGCACAGACGCUGUGAGACAGCAGGGAAACAGCAGCAGCCACAGUGCGGUUCUCCGUUGCAGCCACCAGAGGGCAUCACUGCUCCUAUAACUCCUGCAAAAGACUGCAUUCACACUGCAGUGGGAAACAGAGGAGUCCACUGCACUGCUCCAGUUCAAAACGGACUUCCUUCACCCAGUGGUCAUCCUCAUCCAAGAGGCUCCUACUCACCUCUCCCCCACAUCCAUCUAGGAAAUGGCUUAGGUCCAUCUUGGCCCAGCGAUCUUCCACAUUACAGUUUACUGCCAGGUGACUCUGGCGUCAAACCUCCUGCUGGUGGAGAGCUCAAUGGAAAUACUGGACUGACUGGUCUGAAUUCAAGAGGAACCUCUACUGCUAAAGACUGUAGGAACUGGGUGGAAAGGACGAAUCAAGUUAUGCAAGUGUUUCCUCCUCAGAAAAACUCCCACCUCAUUUCACCUGACUCGCCUCCCCUCUCGCCCAACAACCCCUCCAUCCUACCACCUCCUCUGCCCCUCAAGUCUCGUGACCUGAUGCCCCAGGACUCACCCCCACCCCAAAACCUCCCCCAGCCUGAAGACAGACCCUCUGACUCUCCGCCCCCGCUGACUCGAAGUGGCACAGCGAGGGUCAGCUUCAGAGAGCCAAUCAGCAGCAGCUACUCUGUCGACGAGGACGAGGAUGAAGACGAGAAUGAGGAGGGGUUGCGAGAGGGCGAGGAGAAUCAGCAGGAGGAGGACGAGGUGGAGGGAGGUUUCGGAAGCAGGUUACAUCUGCAGAAAGGCAUCCCUCCACAGAUGGAUCUGCUGGAUGGAUCCUCUUACCACCAGCGUAGCCUGCGGCGAGGGUGGAGCCGUUGCCGUAUCCCCUCCGACCCCAUUCUCCACCCGGGAGCAGAGGGGCGCUCCCGACGCUCGCGGUCCGACCGUCCUCGGCUGGACACCCUGGACUGGAGAGGCGAGAAAGACAGGGACAGCCGGGGCUCCGCCAACACCUCCUCACUGACCCUCCAGCUGGGCCACUACAAACACGAAGACUCCUGCUCCACGUGCUCUUCAUCCUCAGACUCAGAAGAAGAGGGCUUCUUCCUGGGACAGCCUAUUCCUCUUCCUCCGCAGCUCAGGAAGCAGCAACCUGAGGCGAGCAAAGACAGAGAGGAGGAGGAGGAGAGGGAGGUGCAGAGAGACAGGGGACUGAGGGGCAGCAUACGGCGGAGGAGAGCUCACAGCCUUGGUGCAAAGGACAAAGAUAAAAACUGUGCUAUCUCCUAACCCCCAACAUCAAAACAUAGCAUGCUAUUUUCUAAAUUAUGGUGCACAAGAAGAACUGAUGGUCCUUCAUUACUCUGGUAUUCAAGCUGUUUAUCAGUUUCAUGAUGGUGACAUAGAGUUCAACACACAGCCAUUGUUCCUGACACACUACAGCAACAGAAGCACAAUGAACCUCAGAGAAGUCACUACGUUUAGCUUCACGGUAUUGACAUGUUACAGUGUAAAAAUGUGAGUGUAUGAACCGUGUGAAUAAGUGAUGAAUGUGGAGUGAUUAUUGUUGUAACAUCCAAACGAGGACUCACACCUGUGUCGCAGUUUAUUUGAACACAACCUGCCGUGACCCUGAAGUGAAAGGCUCUUUAACAUCACCUUGAUUUACAUAUGCAAACUUUCAGUAGCAUGUAUGACCAGGAACUGACAGCUCAUUCCUCCAUCGUGGUUUGGAACAGGAAUAUUAAAUAUAUCUUAUGUUUAACUCCACUGUAACCAUCUUUAUGUGCUCUUAUGUGCAAUUUUUAUACAGCUGUAAUAUAUUACAGUUAUGAAAACUGAAUGGCCAAAAUAUUACUGUCAAAGUAUCACACAGAGGAAAAUAUGAGUACAUUUUUAGAGGUUAAAGGGACAGUUCACCCCAAAAUCAAAAAUAUAUAUUUUCACUCUUGUAGUGCUGUUUAUCAGUCUAGAUU